ACAAUUGUUUCAGCAGUGAAUGUGUUGUACAAUUUUACCAGUUAAAUAAUAAAUUAGGUAAAUUUCGCCAGUCUUGUAUAACAAAAUUCCAAAGAACUUAAUCACGACCAGAUAGCCUCAUUGAAACAUUUAUCGCCAUUUAUCAAAAUUUCUAGUACUAGUUGCAAUUAGAAAUCAGAAAGGAAUACAUGGCUAAAUAACUUUGCAAAAACCAUGGCUGAAAAUCGCAAAGAAAAGUUCGCGUCGACGUACACUGUCGACAAUUUCAACUCAACGGCAAAACUCGCCAAUAAUGAAUGCAAUAUUCCAGUCAGUGGUGCUGAUAUAAUCACUGAUAAAGUUUACGUCCCGUAUGACCACAGAAAUGUGGAACAUCCCAACACAUUUUCUGGAGCGUUAAUGCACAUAUGUAAGAGUUCUUUAGGGACCGGAAUUUUGGCAAUACCAAGUGCUGUGAAAGCUGCUGGGAUUAUUGUUGGUGUUGUUGGGACUGUCCUUACAGGGAUUUUGUGUACUCACACGAUUCAUUUGCUGAUAUUCGCGUCACAAGAAAUAUGUAAGAAAGCCAAACUCCCAAUGUUAGGCUUUGCUGAAACCGCCCAUGCUGUAUUUAAAUACGGACCUAGGCACAUUCAGCCUUUUGCAAACUUCGCCAAAAACUUCGUAGACUUUUGUCUCCUUUUGACUUACUGUUCAGGAAAUGCAGUUUACGUUGUUUUUAUUACCGGAAACAUCCAAAAAGUCGUGAAUUAUUACCAGGAAUCUGUCGCUGACUGGCCACUCCAGUAUUACAUGCUUAUACUGUUGGUGCCUUUAACAUUGUGUUGCCAAGUCCGCCAGUUGAAACACUUGGUACCAUUUUCGAUCAUAGCGAAUGUCACAAUGGUAACAGCAUUUUUGAUCACUCUGUAUUACAUGUUUUCUGGGAUUGGUGAUAUCGACAUGGAAGAGAGAAAACUCUUCAAUGAUAUUUCCCAAUUUCCGCUGUUCUUCAGCACUGUGAUAUUUGCAAUGGAAGGGAUCGGCACAAUGUUGCCAAUUGAAAAUACGAUGAUUAAGCAACAAUUCAUCGGAUGUCCUGGUGUUUUGAACUUUGCAAUGGCCUUUGUGGUCACUUUGUAUACUCUUAUCGGGCUCUUCGGUUACCUCCGAUUUGGAGAUAAGGUCUCUUCAAACGUCAUUGAAAACUUACCAACCGAUGAAAUAGCAGCACAAGUGGCCAGGCUGUGUGUAGCCACCGCAGUUUUUUUUACGUUUAUGUUACAAUUUUACGUCCCUUGUGAGAUAACAUGGAGGAAAGUAUCGUCAAAAAUUCCGAAAAACUACCACAACAUUGCUCAAAUUGUCAUGAGAACGUUACUAGUAUUAUUUAUAACAGCAAUAGGUGCAGCUGUUCCAAAACUGGACGUUAUUAUCGGGCUAGUGGGAUCAAUUUGUUUGUCGACUCUUGGACUUUUUAUACCAGCUGCCAUUGAUCUUACCUUGAAUUUGGGCGAAAACGGUGAUUUUGGGGUCAUGAAGUGGAGAUUAUGGAAAGAUAUUCUUAUUGCUAUCUUGUCGUGGUUUGCGCUCUUCUCAGGUAGUUAUUAUGCUAUUAAGGAGUUAAUCGAAGGUUGAUAGAACAAAUAAAUGUGAUAGUAUUUUUAAAUAUUAGGUUUGUCACAAGCUACAAAUAGGUAAUUUAUUGUCAUAAUUUUAAUUAACUUAAUUGAGACCUGUAUUUUUGUAUUAAUUGUAAUGUGUUCCAAAGUGGACUUCUGAGAAUGUCGUACACAUUUACGAUGAAUAAAAGACAUUUUUAAUUCAA